UUGGUUACUUGUCUAUUUUGUUGUGUUCUCAAAUCAAAAUCAAAAUAAUUACGUAUUUUGUAUGAAUGUAUGGUUAUUAAUAUUUGGAUGAAAUCCGUUACUAUCGAAAUGGCAAAAUAACAAUUUCUUGGAAUUAAUAAGUGUCAAAUACUUUAUAUGAUAAGGGUUGAAGCUGAAUAUUUCCACUAGGACUCACUUAUUACACAUGUUUGCAGAAAAAGAUGACAGUUUUGGAGGAUGAAGUAAUGCCUGUGCGUGUGCUUUCUAAGGAUAAGUAUUCGAAAAAUCUGCUGAAACGCAAAAAUUCUGCAAAUAAAGAUUUGCCAGCUAAAAGGAAAUACAUUGAUUUGAAAGAUAACAUGUUGAAUGGAUUCCGAUCUGAUCAACGAAACAGUGGAGACAAUAUACAGGAAGCACCUGUAGCUAGUUUAUCUAAUAUGGGUAAUACCUGUUACCUAAAUAGUGUGUUGUAUACGUUAAGAUUUGCCCCAACUUUCCUUCAUAACCUGCAUCAUUUGAUUGGAGAUCUGAAUAUGGUUCAAAAUCGAUUGAGCCAAAAUAGGGCAAAAACUUCUUCUUUGGGUCGAAACAUUGGUGCUAUUAGUGGACCAAAUCCUCGAAGUGCAAGCUCAAGUACUAGUAGUAAAGAUUUUUUUACUAUCUCAUCUGAUAUUCCAAAGUCUAAGGUUCAAAUGGUAACUGAAAGAUUACAUGAAUUAUUUAUUACCAUGCAUAAUCUUGAAUUGAAAGAAUCUAGUGAUCCUUAUCAACCUGUAGCAUUGCUACAAGCUGUCCGAGAAGCCAAUGUGAUAUUUGAAGGAAAUCACCAACAAGAUGCUCAUGAACUUCUGUUAUAUCUUCUGGAUAAUAUUAGAGAAACUUGUGAUUUUCUAUCAGUUCAGUUACAACACAAUCCUGAUUUACUGAGUGAACCAGAAACUGCUUCGAGUUCUAAUAGUGGAAAGAUUUGGGGUGUUCGAAGGUCAUGGAAGAAAGGCCAAUCCAAGAAGGAUAAAAGUGUGAAAGGUUCUAUCAAUGAAGAUGUUAUUAACGAAUCUGUUGCAACAGAUGAUGAUGUUGAUGCAGGAGUAAGCAAUGAUGUACAGCAAAAAAAGAUUGGAUUCAAUUUUCUCACUGAGGAUUUUGAGGGAAUUACACUGGUAAGAACAAAAUGCUUAGAAUGUGAAAGUGUAACAGAACGGAAAGAACCAUUUUACGAUAUCCCUGUACCUAUUAUUAGUGAAGGUGACUUUGAUAUAACGAAAAUUGAAGGUGUUUCACCUAGUGAAAUAUAUAGGAAAGCUUGUGUUACUUCUGAAAAAUUAUGUGAUUCUAACAAGUAUUUAUGUGAUAAAUGUAAGCGGUAUAAUGAAGCAAGUAGAGAUGUUCUAUUUGAAAGAUUACCAAAUAUGAUGAUUCUGCAAUUGAAAAGAUUCAAUACCUCUACUUCAGGAGUACAUAAAGUUAAUACCUACCUUCCAACUCCAUUAGAAUUAGAUUGCUUCUGUGAAAGCUGUUGUAAAUUGGAUGAAGAGGAAUUGCCCCCCCAUUAUUAUAAACUUAGUUGUAUCAUCAUGCAUUUAGGUGGGACAAUGGCAUCUGGUCACUACAUAGCCUAUGUUAAAGCCUCAAAUUACUAUAACAGCUACCAUGAGUGUUCGAGAGACAUGCCAAAAACAGGUCUCUCGGCUAGCUGUAGCGAGAAGUCUCUGAACAUAUUAAAAUUUUUGAAACCUCGUGCAGUUGCUAAUUCAUUAAUGGAGGCAAAGAAUGGAAUUUCUUCUAAAAGUAUUUUGAAUGGUUUGAAAAUUUGCAAAAGUAUCGAUUGUUGCAGUGUUAAAUUGAACAAGAAUGUUCUUGAAAAUGCUUUAAAUUCUCAGUUCAAAAGGAAUGAUCAUGAGGAAGAUAUGUGGUUAGAGUGCGAUGAUGAAUCAAUUCGCUUUCUGAAAAGUGAAGAACUUACACAAGUUUUAAGCUACAAACCCAAUUCAACUGCCACACCUUAUCUUCUUUUUUACACCAAAAUGAAAAGGAAUAGUGCAACUGACUAACAAUUCUGCCUCUGUAUAGGCAGUUUAUAUUGGUUAGAAUAGAAAACUGAUCCUGUUAGCUAUUUAUAAAAUAUUAAAUGAUAUUGCUAAAACUGUACGAAUGAUUAUUUUCAAGAGCAAAUAAUAUUGAUAUGAAAAAAUUCUUCAAAUCAAGACUACAUCUUAUGACAACUUCAAAUAUGUUUCUUGCCUUUAUUUUCUUAUAAGUUUCUGUUAUUUGACUGUCCUUAAGUCCUUAUUAUUUCAUGCACAAUUUAUUUUAUCAUAAUGUAAACAGUAUUUAUAUCAUUAAAUUGCUUUAAAGUAUUCUAAACAUGUCACUGAAACACUGCUUGAGGAUUUUCAUACUUUGUGUUAUUUGAUCACUAAAUUGUAGUAUUUAAUAUUAUUAAUUAUCGUAAUCAGACAUUUUGGUUUGUUUUGAUUCUAAUAUUUAGGGGGAAAUCAAAUGUAAAUUACGAAAUGUCUUCCCAUUUAUUGUAUAGGUCAUAUAUUAUGCUUAUCAAACAAAUUGUUUUAUCCAUUUCUACAAAAGCUACAUAGUUUUCUGUAGUAAGUGUAUUUUUCAUCUUUUUUUUUUUCAUGUGCAAUUGAGUACAAAUAUGGAAUUGAAUAGAACCAGGUUGUUUUGAUCAAAUGUUAUGGAAUUCCUCAAAUUUUCAAAAGAAAUGCUAUAUACUCGAAUAAAAUAGAAAAGGGAUGCUUCAUUGCUCUACUACUAUUGCAUUGAAAAAAUACAAGGUUUUUCACCGAUUAUUACAUAAUGUCAUUUCCAUAUCAGAAAUCAUCAUUAUAGUUUCAGUGAAAAUGGAUUAUAUGGAUUACAUAAUCAUCCCAAUGUUUUUCUUUAUUGUAAACAAUUUCUACUCGUUAUUAAGGAAAAAUUAUAGGCCAACACUUCUAGGUCUGGUUUAUCAUUUCAUUAUGGGAGAAUUUUGUUAAUAACAAUUAGAAAAUUUCCCAUUGCAUUUCAAUUAAUCUUAGUGAAAAAUAAUAUGUCAUUAUUUAAUGUCAAAUUUUGUUAUAAUUUAUUGUUAUUUCUAUAUUUUUCUUAUAUAAUGAAUUUCCCUUGAAAAGACAACAUUUUGAUGGAUGCAUUAGUUUCCGAAUUUCUCCAAACGUUUUUCAUUACUGUUUGAAAUACUCUUCAGAAGGUUUUGGAGAUUUUAUGUUUGUUUGGUUGAGUCAAUCAAAAUGUGAUAUAAUUAUUGGUAACAACUGGAUUAAUAAAUAUUGAAAUUAUA